GCGUCCUCAACGCCUCUGAAGACUUGGGCUUACUUGUAAGUAUAUAAAGAGAGGUUUUCAUGCAGCUUCCUGACUGUAAAAAGGAGGGCAUGCAGAGGAAACACAGACUCGCUGAUAGAUUCAAAGUGAUUGGAACAGUGGAGUGGAAAGUAACUUGCGACCUUCAACACUAGAAAAGAGACUUGGAUAUCGCCAGCAAGGAAAUCGUUAUAGUUUUCUGAUCUGAGAUUAAAAUUUUCUUUUGGCGUUGAGAUGGGACGACUAUUUUCAUAUUUGAACAUUGUUACGUGCUAUUUACUUCUGAUCUUCGGAACAGUAGUUCAAGAACAUAUUGGAGACGUGAUCUUGGAACCUGAAUUCACGGAGCCGAUCCCGAAUGUGACAGUAGCUAUAGGACAUGAUGCUGCUAUUCCAUGCGUUGUAGAAAACCUUGGAUUUUACCGGGUUGCAUGGUUAAGAGUCGAGAGCAAGACCAUCUUAACCAUUCAUCAUCAUGUCAUUACGAGGAACUAUAGAGUUAACCUUGAUUACAGUGACCAUAUUACAUGGAUCCUUCAAAUAAAAAAUGUACAGGAAUCGGAUCGAGGAUUCUAUAUGUGCCAGAUAAACACGGUGCCCAUGAAGAGUCAGACAGGAUAUCUGGACGUGGUUGUUCCACCGAUGAUUAUUGAUCGAGAGAGUAGUUCUGAUGAGCUGGUGAGAGAGGGAUUUAACAUAACUUUGUCAUGCCGAGCUAAAGGCUACCCCACGCCCACUGUCACGUGGAGAAGAGAGGACGGGCAACCGAUUUCUGCAGGUAAUUGGCAAAACAAGAAAAAUCUGGGAAAGACUUACGAAGGAAUGGAACUGAGCAUUAGAAGAGUGAGCCGACUACACAUGGGAGCUUUCCUGUGUGUGGCCUCUAAUGGAGUGCAGCCUUCGAUAAGCAAGCGCAUUCUCCUCCAAGUACAUUUUCCUCCGAUGAUCUGGAUUCCCAACCAAUUAGUUGGUUCUCCGAUAGGGGGCAAUGUUCAGAUAGAUUGCCAUACUGAGGCGUUUCCAGCUUCUAUUAAUUACUGGACCAAAAAAAAAGGCGAGAUGAUUGUGGAUAGUCAGAAGUAUACAGUUAAGAAAGAAGAAGAAACAUACAGAGUUCACAUGAUUUUGAUAAUAAACAACGUAGAACCAGAAGACUUUGGAUUGUUUCAUUGUUUUGCCAAGAACUCAUUAGGCUCAACUGAGGGCACAAUCCGGCUUUAUGAAAUCCAUGUGUCACCAUUAGAACACGCAUCAACUUCCAGAAUAGGAGAUGAGGAAGAUCUAAGAAAGCAAACAGACAGAAAUCAAGACAUCAGUGCUCGAGAAACUGCAAAGCGAUUACAAGGAGGAAACUUUAUCUGGCCGAAUGAAUCUGAAACGAAAGAACAAGGGACAAUUGUUAGUCCUAACCCGCAGAAUUUUCCUGACAAACAAAAUAGAUGCUCGAGACUCCAGAUAGACUUAACUUGUCACCUCUGCUUUGGAUUCUUGUUGUUCAACGCUUUCUUGACGUCACAGCGUCUGUUCUUUCUUUCUACGAGCAGAUGACAGGUGGCUCUUUCUGGCGAUCAUGUUUUUUGGAUAUGACAAAAACCCUUGUAAUCUCAAAGUUCUGUUCUGUGGAUAAGGAGGACACGUGGAUCCGAGCCAAAUGUAUAACUUGUAGUUGUUUCUUUUCAUAUAUAUAUGCUUUGUUUUGGCGUGUAAAAAUAAACGAACGAUAGGUUCACAGUAAAUGUUUCACGAGUAACUAUAUCAUAUCGAACCACUUAAAAAUGUCAACAGAUAAUUCAGACAGUUUAUUUGUACCGAAAUAUUGUAUAACGUAUAUUAUAGUAUCAUAACUGUGUCAUAUUUUUAUAACGUAUAUUAUAGUACCAUAGCGGUAACAUAUUGUAUAACGUAUGUUACAGUAUCAUAAUGGUGAGAUAUUGUAUAACGUAUGUAACAGUAUCAUAACGGUGACAUAUCGUGUAACGUAUGCUAUAGUACCAUAGCGGUAACAUAUUGUAUAAUGUAUGUUACAAUAUCAUAAUGGUGAGAUAUUGUAUAACGUAUGUUACAGUAUCAUAAUGGUGAAAUAUUGUAUAACGUAUGUUACAGUAUUCAGUGACAUAUUGUAUAACGUAUGUUACAGUAUCAUAACGGUGACAUAUCGUAUAACAUAUGUUACAGUAUUCAGUGACAUAUUG